AUGUCUCCCGUUUCAUUCUGGAUGAAUCUCACUUUUGUCUUGGCGAUGCUUCUGCAGAUGACUUAUCCCUUCACCAAUGGAUGCCCACCUAAUGAGAGAAAUUACUUGUUAGAUUUCAGAGGAGGCCUCCUCGAUCCCACUGGUCAUCUGUCAUCGUGGCAGGGCUACAAUUGUUGCGAGUGGAAGGGUAUUCGCUGCGACUUCCAUUCAGGCCAUGUCAUUAAGCUUGAUCUCAGAAACAGCUUUGCUGAAAGAUACGGAGAGAAUACCAAGAUUCUUAGUGGGGCGAUACAUCCAUCGCUAUUUGAUCUGCAGCAUCUUCAGCACUUGGAUCUCGGACUCAAUGAUUUCAAUAACACCUCAAUACCUCCUCAGUUGGCAAAACUCCAGAACCUCACUUUCCUUUCCUUGGCAUAUGCUGGAUUUGGAGGUGAGGUCCCUCUGGAGUUGGGGAAUAUUACAACCUUGCGCCACCUCGAUCUCUCAGUAGGUGACGACUUUCCCUUGGAGAGUACCAGGUUUGCAGAAUGGAUAAAGAUACAAAAUUUGAGAAGCUUGGAGUACCUGGCUAUGAAUUUCGUCAAUCUGUCAAUGGCGAAUGAUGACUGGAGUAAUGCCCUUAGCAGCCUCUCUUAUCUCAGGGAGAUUCACUUCCGUUAUUGUGGACUUUCAGGUACACUGCCUUCUCUCCUAAACAUCACUCACUUAUCCCAUCUCGAUCUUUCAUCCAAUUCAUUUUCAUCCAUAUUGCCUGCUUGGUUUCGGAAUGUCUCGUCCUUGGUUUCGCUUGAUCUGUUUCGGUGUGGUCUUCAUGGUUCCAUCCCUUCAAACUUUUUGAGUCGUUCACGCCUGAGAAAACUUGACCUGUCAGAUAACCUUUUAGAAGGGAACCUUUCUUUCAUUCGAUACCAAUCCUCGUCAAUAGCCCACCUUAACCUCCAGUCGAACAGUUUAGACGGAAUUAUUCCUCUUUUCUUUGCAAACUUUACUGAACUUAAAUAUUUGCUACUCGCAAAUAAUUACUUAGCAGGGGAGAUACCUCCAUUUGGAUCAACAUUUGGGAAAUUUUUACCACUUUCAUUAUUAAAUCUUUCCCAAAACAAAUUGAUGGGCAAUAUACCACCCUCUAUUGAAUUGAGCCUUUCUAACAAUAGCUUUAAAGUUAGCAUUUCAUUAGCUUGGAUUCCACCGUUUGCCCACCUGCAGUACCUGGGAUUGAGCUCUUGCAAUAUUGAGGGUGCUUUUCCUGCUUUUCUGUCUACUCAAUAUUCUCUAGUAGAAUUGGACUUGUCAAAUAACAACAUUUUAGGAGCUAUUCCGACAUGGCUGUGGGAUCUCCCUGCUCUUGAUGUGCUCAUUCUUUCAAACAACCAGCUACAAGGUUUCCUGCCAUCGGUAAUAUCCAAGGACUUCUUCAUCGUGGACUUGAGAAAAAACAAGUUACAAGGCUCUCUUCCAUCUUUUAAGAACCAGAUAGGUUUAUUUGAUGUGGCAGAGAACAAUUUUAGUGGUUUCAUUCCUGCUACAAUGUAUGUUGAUUCUCUACUUUUAUCAAGCAAUUAUUUGACUGGAGAAAUUACACCUACAUUCUGCACAAAUACAUUUCAAACUCAAAUUCUGGACUUGUCAAAGAACACUAUUAGGGGUACCAUUCCUCCAAAAUUGGGGAGAUAUAAGGAUAUGACAAUUUUAAAUUUGGCUAAGAAUGAUUUGCAGGGGAAGAUACCAGAGCAGCUAGGAAAUCUGAGCUCACUUCGUACACUAAAUCUCUAUGGCAACAAUUUACAAGGUACCAUUCCUGUAUCCUUAAUGAAUUGUAUAGAUCUAGAAGUAUUUGAUGUAGGAAGCAACCAAAUUAAAGGAAACAUCCCAUUUUUCAUUGGAGAGCUGAGACGUCUCCGAAUUCCGAGCGUGGCUUCAAAUAAAUUUGAAGGCAGUAUUCCUGCCUUUCUGCUUGAGCUGAAGAUUCUACAGAUUUUAGAUUUACCCCACAAUUGUUUAACAGGACCGAUUACUAAAAAUUUCGGAAAGCUAUAUGCUAUGGUCCAUGAAUCACAUAAUGAUGAAUCAGAGUUCGCUUGGCUUGUCAGAAAUGUUGAUAUCGUUCAUCAAAAUAUAUUCAUGCUCUGGUAUCAAGUUACUCUUUGGGUUAAAGGGCGGACGAGUCCAUAUGAAAAGAUAUUCAAGGCAUUUAGAUUUAUGGACCUAUCUAACAACAACCUAUCAGGCAUUAUUCCUCCAGAAGUAGGUUUCCUCAUGAAUCUAAAUGCUUUGAACCUUUCAAAAAACCAGUUAAGUGGUUCGAUUCCAAAAUCUGUGGGAGACUUGGUUAAACUGGAGUCCCUGGAUCUCUCAGCAAACAAAUUGUCUGGAAAGAUUCCCUCAGAACUUCUGAGCCUCACGUUUCUUGAGAGUUUCAAUGUUUCAAACAACAUGCUUUCUGGUUUGAUACCACAAGGCAAGUAA